AUGCGAUUCGUGUUGCUAUUCUCAUAUAUCAUUCCAAUCUCGCUGCGAGUCAAUCUUGACAUGGCCAAGCUAUUCUACGCUUGGCAAAUUGGACGUGAUAAGCAAAUACCUGAAACUGUAGUACGUUCUUCAACUAUACCAGAAGAACUCGGUAGAAUUUCUUUUCUCCUUUCUGAUAAGACUGGAACGUUGACGAAGAAUGAGAUGCAUUUCAAAAAGAUACACUUGGGCACGGUAGCGUUUGGUUCGGAUGCCUUUGAGGAAGUGGCACAUCACGUCGCCACCGCUUAUUCGGGUCGGCUUGCAAGGCAUUCGUUCUCCGCUAAACUGCAAACUGCUGUAGAAGCUAUAGCUCUUUGCCAUAACGUUACUCCCAUAGUCGAAAAUGGAACGGUAUCCUACCAAGCUGCCAGCCCAGAUGAAGUUGCCCUCGUCAAGUGGACAGAAACUGUCGGUGUACGAUUGGCUCAACGAGACUUGCAUUCCAUACAGCUUCAACUGGGUAUUGGUCAAACAAAGGUUUUCCAAGUAUGUUUUUGUAUUUAAAU